UCUGCUUUGCUUUCUCUACUCUUUUAGCCUUUUCAAAUUCUGAUUUUGAUGAACGCAUCUGAUUAUUGUUGGGAUGUUUCAUUUGUUUUGCAAUUCAAAUUUAAAAUUUUUCGAUGACAGAAAGUGAAACAUGUUCUUUUCCCGGUUUCAAAAGUUGCAUUUUUUUCCGCCCUACUAAUCUAUAAUCAACAGCAUCGAACGGCUUAAUAUUCUCAUUCUUGAGUCUGUCCUCUUCUUCUGUGUAGUGGUUUCUGAUCUGCAUCUGUUUCUCUCUUGUGUUUGAACUGUUCUUGCAACAUCUCCGAUCAAAGCCAAUGCUAAAUCACUCGAUCACAAUGGAAUCGCAGGCAACCGAAGCACCCUGGCUCUCAGACAUUUAGCAGGAAAUGCCAGAUCCGAAUUACCAGCAAUGGGAACUAAGCUCUCUAGACCAGCUCAUAUCUCCCAACAUAUGGGAUGAUGACCUGCAUCAAACUCUCUCAUCUGAAAGUCAAACUUUGAAUCCAGCAGCGAGCAUUACAUCCAACACCUUCAGCAGUAGCUCAUCCAUUGACUCCUCUCAUGCCAAUGCAGCCAUGGCCGCCAACGAGCGAUUGAAAAAGAUGGCUAAGACUAAGAGCUGGGACUCCAUCGCCACCCUGCAAAAGUCUAUCCUUCCUCCCACCGUUUCGUCCCCGAGCAUCCUCUCUUUUGGUAGACCGGACUCCCCUGAUAAUAGCUCGGAGCUCUAUAAAAACCUGGUAAUUGCCACGGUUAACACAGAGGAAGGGAAAGGUAACAGUUUGAAGAGAAGCCAUCAAGCCAUGGCUGCUUUGCAGGGGAAGAAGAAAGCUAGUGCUGUAGCUUCAAGGCCUUCUUCUCAUAACCAAGAGCACAUUAUGGCUGAGAGAAAGCGCAGGGAGAAGCUUAGUCAGAGAUUCAUAGCACUUUCAGCCAUUGUACCUGAUCUUAAGAAGAUGGAUAAGGCUUCGGUGCUGGGUGAUGCUAUCAAGUAUCUGAAGACAUUGCAGGAAAAAGUAAAGUGCCUUGAGGAUCAAGCUGCAAAGGCAACGGUCAAGUCAACCAUCCUCAUAAAAAAAUCUCAGCUCAGCACUAUCACUACCAACGACGAAACCGACAUCUCCUCCUCCGGCGAGAGCACCACCGACGGCGGCCACUCCCAGCCGGAGAUAGAGGUGAAGCUAUCGGACAGGACAGUCCUUAUCAAAAUCCACUGCGAGUGUAAAAAGGGAAUUUUGGUGAGAGCCCUGUCGGAAAUCGAAAAACUCCAGCUUUGCGUCGUCAGCAUAAGCGCUCUGCCCUUUCCAGCUUCCUCUCUCGACAUUACAGUGAUGGCUCAGAUUGAGGAAGGCUUUUCCAUGACAGCAAUGGAGCUGGUGAGGAAUUUGAGCUCUACUUUCAGCUCCUUCAUCUCAAGGAUUUGACUUUUAGUAGUUAUAGGUCUGCAGAGGUUUUGGGUGCUCUCUAGUUCUCUCUCUCUCUCUCUCUCUCUCUCUCUCUCU